AUGCCUUGGAAGUGUGUUCGCUGCCGGAUCAACUACACGCACCGCCGUCAUGACAAGGUGUGCUGGAAGUGCCGACCCAGCCAGCGAGGGUCGACGAACAGGCUGGUCGCUGUUCGAAGGCUCCCGAUGAAGACCAGGCCCAGCAGCAGGAGCAAGAGUUUCAUCUGGGAGCACGAGGCGAAGCAGAGAAAGCAGUCGGCCAGUGAUCCGCAGCGGCUGGAGCAGUCACCAUACAACUUCAAGCAGUUGCUGGAGCAGCAGAAAGUCCAUUUGCAGACAUUGUUUCGCAACGACAUGUCAAAGGUCCACGAUGUCUUGGGGGUCGGCCAUGCUUUCUUCGACAAGAUCCAACGACGUAGCCGGACAAUGCUGCCGGCCAGGACUGCAAUCAAUGUCGCGGGUUUGGUCUCUUUUGCUAUGGCCAACAGCGGUUCCCUGAAUGACGACGAUUGUUAUCGCUUGAAGUACAGGCAACUGUUGCAGCUCCGGGCCAAGGACCUUUCGGAGGCAGAAUGCCGCUGGUUGAACAUAGUUGGCAACAUGGACUAG